ACAAUAGUGUACGCCACCGACUUUGCAACAAUAAUAAUAAUAAUUUAAUACGAAUAUUAUAUUCUUUUAAAUCGUUUGUUAUAAUAAUAAUUAUAUAGUAAUACAUUUUAGUUAACAUGACGUAUAACGAUGUGUUCGAGUGUGCAAGUGUAAUAUUGUGUAUAUUAAUUAUAUUAAUUAGGGGUGCAGUGACAUUAUGAUGCAAUUAUAAACUACGCGUGAACCGACAGCUGUGAGAUUCACAAUUAGGUACGUAGCAUAGUCAGAGGUAUACACACGGCCCUUUGGACAAACUUUCAACAUCUGAUAGCAGCUUUACGGACAAAGUACGAGACCUAAUCGCAUUUAAUAAUACAGAACUUGCCAUGAUUUUAAGUAAUGCAGUUAUUAUCAUAAUUAUUUUUACUGUUUACCAAAAAAAAACACAUAAAUCGAAAAUAAUUGGAGGCCGAAUGAAAAAGAUGAAGAGGAAAUCCGUGGUAAUUGAAGCCGUGGUUUCGAUAUUGAUGUGUUCAGUCAUCAACGAUGUUUCAGGCGUAUUUUUCAGUUCUAGUGAUUUGACUUAUUGGAGAUGCAAAUUCAAACAAACGUUUCAGUGUCCGGAUCCAGACGUGACAUUUUACUUGUACACGAGUGAUAUCAGGAGAAGGAUUAAAAUCGAUUUGAGAGACAAGUGGUCGUUGUACAACAGUGGUUGGAACCCAAAUAAAAAGAACGUUAUCGUCAUACAUGGGUUUAACGGAGCGGAAAAUAAUAGGAUCAUGGCCAUACUGAGAAACGCCUACUUGAUGCGUGGAGACUUUAACGUGUUUAUGGUGGACUGGAGUCCAUUGACGGUGUACCCCUGUUACCUGUCGUCGCUGAGAAACACGCGAUUAGUGAGCCAGUGCACCGCUCAACUUUACGCCCAUCUCACUUAUUCGGGCGCUUCUGCUUACCGAAUACACUGCGUCGGCCAUAGUCUCGGGGCCCACAUAUGCGGCAUGAUUAGCAACCACUUGACGGAAAGACAGCACAAGAUCAUCGGUUUAGAUCCAGCCAAACCUCUGAUAGACUUGUUUACGAUGGACGAAUUUCGAUUGACGAGGGAUGAUGCUGAUUUCGUAGAGGUCAUACACACAAACUCUGGAGUUUACGGAGAGUAUCCUCAAAUAGGACACGUCGACUUUUCCGUUAACGGUGGUCGCAUGCAACCGAUUUGCACUAGCCAAGCAAACAUCAUACAACAAUCGCGAUGCAGUCAUUUCAAGAGUAUUUGUUAUUAUGCAUUGUCACUUUCAAAAAGGAGGAACAUGUUUUUGGGUGUACAAUGCACGGAAACCUGUGACUCGGUGGUGCUUCCGUCAUUUUCGAACCGGAUCGAUGUCAUACCUAUGGGCCUACAAACGCCAGAAUGGGUUAGAGGGUCAUUUUACGUCGCAUAUGAAGAUCCAGACAAUUUUUGUCGGUUUGACGGAUAGUAAAGAACACAUUAAUUAUAAACGAAAAGUACAUAAACAAUUACAUGUAUAUUAUGCAAUAUAGAUAAACUUGCCUAAUGGUAAGAUUUGCUAUUAAAUCAAUUAUAAUAUUAUGUAUAGUUUUCUAUUACCUUAUAUUGUACAAAUUGACUAGAAUGCAACAAUAUAAUUAUUAUUGUUGGAUUUGUUAUGUCUGAUUGAUCAUGAUGUAUUAUUAUUUAUUAUGAUAAUAUAUUCAAUAUUUUAUAAUUAAUAUUAUUUUUUCUAAUACGUUGUAAGUUGUAACCUAAACUGUGUGUCAUAUCAUAAA